GACGUCGGCCCGGAGCCAUGCGGGUGUAGCCGUGGGCAACUGACGGAGGAACCAGGGCAGCCAGCCGCACUUCGACACGGCAGUGGCAGCCCAGCACUGCCUGACACACAGUGGUUACCGUCACGACUGGAGCCCAGGAUGGACUCAUCCACCGGAGCUGCGCCCCUGAUGGGCGCGGUGGACUACGCCGUGUUCGCUGGCAUGCUGGGAGUGAGCGCCGCCAUCGGCGUCUACUACGGCUUCUGCGCGCCAGCUGCCAAUGUCGAGGAGUACCUCAUGGGAGGCCGCUCCAUGAGCACCAUUCCGAUAUCCAUGUCUCUAAUUUCCAGCUUCAUAUCCGGCAUCACGCUCCUGGGCAUGGCCACGGAGGCGUACCUGUACGGCGCCGAGUACAGCUACAUCGCCAUCGGUGUGCUGGUCAGCGCCAUCAUUAAUGCGGUCGCCUUCCUGCCCGUCUUCUACGAUCUGCAGAUCACCUCCACGUACGAGUACUUGGAAAUGAGAUUCGGCAAAAGCGUGAGAAUUCUGGGCUCUUUCUUCUUCAUAAUUGGAGUGAUAUGCUGGAUUCCCCUGGUCAUUUUCAUGCCUGCCAUAGCUUUAAACCAAGUUACUGGCGUGAACUUGCACAUCAUUUCCCCUGUGGUGUGCAUUGUGUGCAUCUUCUACACAUGUGUGGGCGGCAUCAGGGCAGUGGUGUGGACGGACGUGGUGCAGACAGUGAUGAUGUUCGGGGCGGUGCUGCUGGUAGUCAUCAAGGGCACCAUCGACGUCGGAGGGCUGGCCGUCGUCUGGAGCCGCAAUGUCGAGACGGGCCGCCUUGAUCCUCCAGCACUGGACCUGGACCCCACGGUGCGCCAGGCGCUACCCAGCCUGCUGCUGGGAGGCGCCAUACACUGGCUGUUCAUAGCGGGCGUCCACCAGAUCAUGAUGCAGCGCUACCUCGCACUGCCCACGCUCACCAAGGCCAACAUAGCUGUGUGCAUCUUCACUGUGGGGGCGAUAUCCCUCGUCCUGAUGAGCAUCUACAGCGGCCUACUCAUCUUCGCCAAAUAUUUCGACUGCGAUCCACUCACCACCAAGGUGGCGCGGGCCAAGGACCAGAUGCUGCCGCUGCUGGUGGUGGACUCGCUCAGCGGCCUCCCUGGACUGACGGGGCUCUUCGUGGCCGGCAUCUUCAGCGCCGCUCUCAGCUCCAUGUCGACGGCGCUGAACUCUACGGCAGCCGUGGUGUUUGAAGACUUCUUCAAGACUUUCUUCCCGAAGUGGCGGCUGUCGGACAGGAAGGCGGACCUGCUGAUGAAGGCCGUCGUCGUCAUCUCGGGCGCCACCUGCACCGCCCUGGUCUUCGUCGUCGAGAGGCUCGGAUCGGCAGUUCUGCAGGUGUCUAUUUCCUUGGGGUCAAUUACCAAUGGACCGACGCUGGGACUGUUUACUGUUGGAAUGUUCUUCCCACGUGUCAACUCAAGGGGUGUGCUGGUGGGCGGCCUGACCAGCGUGGCCCUGAUGGCGUGGUUGUCUCUGGGCGCCCAGACCUACCAGGCCAGGGGGGACAUCCGCUUCGCCACCAAGCCAUUCUCCACUGACGGGUGCCUCUACGAGUUUGACCGCACCAACAACGGUUCUGUGGCUGUCACAGACGACUACCACAACAGCGAUGUGUGGACGGUGUACCGGGUGUCACACCUGUGGUACACAGCGAUGGGCUGGACCAUCACGAUGGUGGUGUCGCAGCUGGUGAGCCUCGUGGUGCGGCCUGGAGAAGACGAGCCGCGACCGGGGCCUCACCUCUUCAGUCCGCUGGUGCGGCGCUGGCUGCCCAAAGAGCCACUCGACAAGGGCUACAAGACGGUUGAGAUGCGGGUAAUCUCACAAGAAGAAGAGGACAGAAGAAAACUGAAAGACGUGGACUGACGCAGCACUUUCUAGUGUUUUCUUAAUACAUUAUCAAUUUUCAGGAUGAUAAUGAAUUCGGUGACGAGCUUUAAUAAUAAUAAGAUACUAAGGUGGAAUCUUGUGAUUAAGAUACAACCUUUAAAGACUUGAGAUAUCCCAUAUCUAUUAACCAACGAUAAACGCAAAUCUUCUUACGAAACGGAUGUAAAAUGACUGGAAGCCCUUUUUUUUUCUUUUCUGAUGGGCAAAAUGUUGAUUUGCUGUGUCCUUGAUUUUUUUCGUUAGCUUUUGAAGUAUUAAAUCAACAAAGUGAAAAGGUAUUCACAUUGCUUGGUGCAAAAUACAGAAAAUAGCAUAGAAAUGAAUCGUCCUGAGACGACCUGACUAAUUGAGUGCAGUUUGAUAGUUGAGUUUGGAACUUAAUCACAUUGAUCGAGAGUGUACUUGCGUAACUUCUUUUUACAUGGUUUCGUGCAAUGAUACUUUAUCUGAAGAAACAGUUUACAUGUGUAUUCGGGAUACAGUAUCCUCAUGAAUAGCUUAAGAACGCUACUGUCGCGAGUCUUAAGUAAGAUGUGACCAUAUCGUAGAGUAGUUUCUUCCAAGCUGUAGCCGCUGAUUUAUUUUCAGAGUGUAUAAAACAUUCAAAAUAUGUCACACACAAAAUCUCAUUUCAGAAAUAGUGAUAUAUCAUGUGUAACACACAUAAAAAUGUUCGUCUACGUUGGAGAUAACGUAAUAUGACAUUUCCUGUGCCGUUGUUACAAAUAGGUUACGACGUGUUUUUUAAGCAAGGUGCGAAUUAAUAAACAAACAUUCACUGAACUUUAUUUUGUCUAUGUAACUGAAGUUUUAUGUAUUAAGUGUCAUGUUUCUCCAUUGUUUUACAUCUCAUAUUGUUCGUUUACUUACUUAAGGAAUAGUUCAGUGGACUUUUAACAACCAUUACCAUGUACUUUGUGCUGGCACGAUAUUCAUGGUUAGUGAAAUUUACUUUUUUUGGUGAAACUUUCUUCAUUUAAUGUAUUGCGUAGGUUUGGACCUUUCACAUAAACGAAGACUUUUUGUCAUGUUUGCAGAAGGGUACUGACAGUAUCAGUUCCUCAUAUUCAUAGGGAAUGACGAGAAAUGUGAGUGGAUAGGAUAACCAGUGAUUCAGCGAAAGCACUUUAAACGAAAAUUUUUGUGACUUGCAGUUACCACAAAUUUUCGUUGCAAGUAUGAAAUGUUCCGUAAAUCUGUUUUGUCUCUUAAAAUGAUUUACGUAAAAAAGUACAUAUUGUUUAACUUGGUUUACUAAAUGCCAGAACGUUUCACUGUGUACAAAAAGUGAUAAUACA